AUGCUUGACGAGCUGGUUCAUUACUGGACCCAAGAAGCGCCUCAGAUAUUCACGGCGUCGAAGCCGGGGUUGCGAGAUAUCUCAUACUAUCCGUUGAAGAUUGUAGCUGCUGAGUGGGUAAACUACAUCUCAGUCAUGGGACUGAGCGUUCGAGAGUACGAGCUAUCGACCACCCUCUCCGGUGAUUUGAUCGCACAGCUCGAUAAGUUGAACACAAAUCUGCGCAUCUUGCAGGGAUGGCGAAGACGCGUUCUCUCGACGCAAGCCAAACUACGACGCACCGUCCGCUUCAUCGAAAACCACGUGGACCCCAAGCAGCCGAACGAGGACUGGGACGUGCUCGUCGAUGAUUUCGAGUUCAUCCGGACCGAAGUAGCGGAGCAUGGUGAGCGGCUGGAGGCUAUGGUCUCGGUUGUCACGUCAACUGCUGCCUUGAUCGAGGGACGUCGCUCGCUCACAGAAACCGAGAAUGUCACGCGCCUCACGAUCUUGGCGGUCGUGUUCCUGCCACUGAGCUACAUUGCGUCGCUUUUCAGCAUGUCAGACGACUUUCGGCCUGGAGGUCAGCUUUUCUGGGUGUACUUUGCAGCUGCAGUUCCAAUGGCUUGUGUCGUCGGAGUGAUUGCUAAACCGCCUGUAAGCACCGCGAAGAGAUUCUUAGAGAGAAUCGGUGUCAAGAUGGGUAAAUGA